AUGGACACAAGAAGGCGAACAACAUCUUUUUUUAUUCUGAUUUCACUUGGUAUGUUGGUGGUGAACACGGAAGGUCUGGAAACUGAUCAUUGGGGAACCCAGUUUAUAUUUUCAUUCAUUUAUCCCAUGCAUCACAACUCCAAAAAUAUCAUCGCCAUUACAGCUCGUGAAGUAACGAAGGUUAGAGUGAUAUUCCAAGAGACACAAGCCGUUGUGAAGCUUACCGUUCAGCCAGGACAGACUAACCAUACUUGGCUAGAUCAAAUCGUCAUAAUAGCUACAGAGAAUGAUACUAGCGUCACAGUUUCAUUUAAAGGGUUCGUUCAAUGUAUCAACAUUGGUGCACAAAACAAUCUCCAAUUUUCAAUGGAUGCUUACGAUGUCAUGAAUGUCUUUUGUAACAGUGACACGUCAGGUACUUUAAUUACGUCAUCAAAACCCAUUGCUGUGAUAACCGGAAGUAGACAGUUGCAAUUACACAAUUUCUACGUUCGCGGAGUAGUUAUGGAAAUGCUUCCUCCUACAACAGAAUUUGGAACUGAAUUCGUUUUUGUAACCCCUCACGGACAUACUGGUGGAACAUCGAUUCGCAUUAUUAGUGAAUUUGGCUGGCAAACUACUAUAUUUAACAAUAUUUAUAGCAACACACCUAGACAACCAUCUGAUAUAAUUAUUAACCCAGGCACAUAUCUAUGCUUUACCACAAGUCAGCCAGUGCUUGUUGUAGUCUUCAUGACAGCACGUACUUCUUACCAAUAUCCCACAGAUACAGGGAAUGCCUACAUGAUGGUCAUUCCCCCAGUUACUAAAUUUAGCAACCAGUACGUCAUACCAAUGGAUAUAUUCGGACAAUAUGGAUACAAUAACUACUAUAACCGCGUGGAUGUGAUCGGCAAGUCACCAGUGAAUGGACUAGUACCUGCAUUGCCGUAUUUUGAUAUGUGUCCUGGAUACGAAGCAAGUAGUUCAACCGUCUCAUUGAGUGGAACCAUUGAAUUUACAGCCAACUCGCAAUUCAUAGUGCUAGUUUAUGGGUUCAUUUACAGAGAUGCGUUUGGGUUUCCAGGAGGAAUGAAGUUAACCGAUUUUUCAGGUACUGAAGAAUGUUCUAGUUCACCGUGUUUAAAUGAAGGAUGGUGUGUAGAAACUGCUCUAUCUUAUAAAUGUCACUGUUCAGAUACCAGAUAUACUGGUCAACAUUGUGAAACAGAUACUGUAAAUGACUGUGAUCCCAACCCAUGUAUUUUUGGAAUCUGUAAUGAUCUUUCUGGUUUCUACACGUGUAGUUGUCAUAUUGGAUACAUUGGGUAUAACUGUUCGACAGCAACUCCAGGGCAGACAACUAUAGCCACAACAACUCAAGAACAGACACCAAUAAAGUCUACAACACAAGAGCAGACAACUACAGCCACAACAACUCAAGAACAUACAACUCUAGACACAACAACACAAGGGCAGACAACUAUAGCCACAACAACUCAUGAACAGACAACUCUAGACACCACAACUCAAGAACAGACAACUCAAGAAACAACAACACAAGAACAGAUAACUAUAGUCACAACAACUCAAAAACAGACAUCUCUAGACUCAACAGCUCAAGAACAGACAACUCUAGAAACAACAACACAAGAACAGACAUCUUUAGCCACAACAACUCAAAAACAAACAUCUCUAGACACAACAGCUCAAGAACAGACAACUCUAGAGACAACAACACAAGAGCAGGCAACAAUAGCAACAACAACUCAAGAAACUACAACACUAGAAACUACAACUCAAGAACAGACAACUCAAGAAACUACAACUCAAGAACAGACAACUCAAGAACAAACUACAACGACCUCAUUGGCCACAACACUGACAUUUACACCUACAAGAAUUUACAUGCGCAAACAAUUUUGUAAAGGAGACUUGUGCAUGUGUAAAUGCCCUUGUAUCAAGAAAUUGACUACAGCACAAAUAGCAGAGGACGCCAUUAAUACAGUAAAUGCUUUAAAAGUUGAAACAAGUACACUUUCAAAAACAGUCAGAAAAAAAAUUAGUUCUGAAAAUUUAACUAAAACGGAAACAAAUUUAGGAGUUACUUCUGUUAUUUUUGUUUCAUCUGUGUUUUUCGUAAUCAUAUUUAUGGAUAUUUCUAAAAUGAUUUAUUGGAUUUCAACCAAAUUGACCAAACGGACUAAUAGAAUACAUGUUGAUCCUGAAAAUGAAACCGGUUCAACAGAGGAGGGAAAUGAUUGA